GUUCCCUCCUUUACUUUCAGCUUUCAGCUUUUUUGUUUACAAGUUAAAUAUCAACCAAUUUUCCGGUAAAUUCACUUAAUUUUCUAUUUUAAAUUAACUUUUACUCUCCGAAAUGAGUAAUACCGACUACCUGAGACUCUCGGAACACAAAAUAUUCAAAGAAGCUUGCGAUAGAUUGCCGAAAGACGUGAAUAAACCGCAAAAUUUGAUCGCGCUGCAAGAGUCUGUUUUGUUUACAUGGGAUUUCUCCAACAAUUGCGUGCUCUCAUUGAAUAUUAAGGCCGCUAGGAGCAAGGAAGGCGACAAUAUUAUCCAUCAGAAACUGGUUCCAGAUCAUCAACCACUCUUCACACCAGAACUUUUAAUCGUAAAUGACUCGGGAAGCUUCCUAGCAGUAGCUGGACCUAAUGGGGUUUUAGUUAUACAGUUGCCCAUCAGAUGUCCGCCCUAUGGGGCUUUCAAAAAUAACGAAGAACUUGUUGCUUGCAGAAGCUUUGCUUUGGACGAACGUUUGCUGUGCUUUAGUGAAACAAUCGAAGUGAGACAAGUUAAAUUUCAUCCUGGAAGCGUCAGCGAUUGCCAUGUCUUGGUACUCACCUCCGAUAAUACGUUAAGACUUUAUCAGAUAGAAAAAAAUGAAGCUCUAAACAUAGGAGAAUAUCAAAUUGGUAAAAAACCUAGCGGAAUGUUUCCCGGCACUAAAACACCUUUCUUGGAUAUUUAUGGCGAAAAUGCUGUAGAUUUUGAUUUUGCUUUUCCGGAAAUUUUCGAAAAAAAACCUUUGUGGGAAGAUUUGCAAGAUUUGAAGAUUUUUAAUAAGGAGAAAGAAAGGACUAUGACUAAAUUGAAAAAUAUGCAAUCCAAAGCAUCAGAUAAAAUUAUUCCAAUAAAAUCUGAACAACCAAAAACCAACAAAAAUGAAAAAAAGACUGAGGAACUACUGUGGCCUGUAUUCAUACUGAGAGGAGACUAUUCAGUUUACUCGAUUGACAUUGACUUAAACAAUCGAUUUGAUCCUAGUCUUAAAGGCCCUUACCCAAUGUCCAAAUUGGAUCUAACCGACGACGCCGCAUGCUCAAUUAUUUGCUUGAAAACCACUCCUCAAAUAGUUUGCAUUGCCAGCGCCACUGGAACUUUAAUCAACAGUAUUUUAUUAAACUCUGAUUUGGAAAAAAAGAGAAAAUACCAACGUGAUUACAACAGAUUUGUGGAGGUCCCAGAUAAAGAACUAUUCGUUUUUGAAACGGUAGAGUUAGAGCUGGGCUUAUCGAUUCUCCAUGAGGCUGAAGAGGAUUCAAAGUAUAAAUGCCCAAUAUUUUUGCAUAAAGAUGAAUCGAAAUCGUCAAGGUAUUUUGCUAGCCAUGGUGCUGGAGUGCAUACAGUUAAUAUUAAUUGUGUUGAAGCUCUACAUGAAUAUGUUACAGGGUCUGAAGACCAAAGUCCUUCAUCGGACAUAUUCAAUAAUCCAAGUGCUGCCGAAUAUUUAGUUUGCACAAAAACUUCUGCAAGUCGAAAAUCUAAUCCAGUAAUAGGGUUUGCUGUCUAUUAUGAACCAACGUCCAUAAUUUCACUUUUAAGCGAUGGAAGUGUGGUUACUAUGGCUCUUUUGUCAGCCCCAAUUGUUCCCAAAAGCGAGAUGAGCUUCUUGGAAAAAGACGGUGAAGGAGAAGUUAAGUCUCCUUUAAAAAAGAUGCUCAAUGAACCUUUCGAUCAAUAUAUUCAGAAAAUUUUAAAAAAAGGUUCGAGUCGUCCCUUGUUGAAACUGUCUUCAACUUCUAGUAAUACUCCAGAGGAAUGUUAUGAUCUCCUUCAACGUGCUGCUCAAAUGUUCCGCGAAGAACACUUUAAAAACUUCACCAAGGCCAGAGAAGAAUUGGAAAAACGAGGGCACACACUAACUCUACUGAAGCAAGCCCAAAAAAAAGAACUUAGCAAUAUGAACAAUUCCAAAGAAUUACUAAGAGAUAAAGCUGAAUAUUUAGCAGAAAAAUAUGAGGACAUUAAAGACAAACAAGACGCACUUUUAAAGAGAUGUGAACAGUUAAUUAUGUUGGUUUCAAGAAAAAAACCCGAAACAUCUGAUGCGGAAAAUAAAUUUAUGGAGGACAUGGAAGAAUAUAGUCUUAAAUGCACUUCCUAUCAAAAUGCAAUUGAUAAAUUGAAAAAUAAAAAUAAAUAUCAACAAGUGAAAAUUGAAAAUUGGAAAUCUAAUUCAGUUAAAAAAGUCCCGGUGUUAGGUGAGAUGCAAGCGUCAAUUAUUAAAACCAGCCUUCAAGAAUCCACUCAGAAAAUCAACAAUUUAAUGAAACAAGUAAACGAAUAUAAAACUAAGUUUAAUUUAAAAUAAAUUCGUACUGUGUACGAUUUAUUUGUAUUUUGUAUUUUGAAUAAAUUUAAUUUGAAUUUUUCA